AUGUCGUCGAUGCGCAUGGGCUUGGCGACAUCGGUCUGGAACUGCGGGUGCAUGAACAUGGUGCGGAUCUUCUUGAGCAGCAGCAUGCGCACAGUGCCGGCAAACUUGGGCGCAAUCUUCUGCGGCUUGUACGAGACGUUGAGCUGCGGGAUGGUGACAUCGUUGUCGGGCGCGAGCAGACCGGCCAGCAUGCGGAUCAGCGUGGUCUUUCCGGUUCCGUUCUCGCCGAGCAGCACGAUGAUCUGCGAGUCGCUGAACUCGCCAGCCUCGACGUUGAGCUUGAAGUUGCCCAGGCGCUCGAUAAUCUCGUCCUGGGCCUGCUCGACAAGACGGAACGACAGCGACUCCUGGCGGAAGCGCAUGUUCUCGGUCGGAAUCUUACCCUCAAGGAAGAUGUUGAUGCCUUCGCGCACCGAGAACGGCAUGGUCACAACACCGUAG